GCCUGGGCACAGAAGUUUAAAGGAGUGCUGCACCAGCCCUGCCUCUGACGGGCUUCUACACAGAUACAUUUAGGUUUCAGAGACAGGACACACAGAGACACCCGGACAGAGAGAGAGAGAGAGAGACAGACACAGAGAGAGGCAUGGCACAGAGAGUCACCCACAGCCACAGCCUGUUCCCUCCUGGCCAGUCUGGGAGGCCCAGGGACGUGCUGGUCAAGUCAGCAUCGGCCUAUGCGAACCUGCAGUGGGAGCAGCAGCCCAGGCAGGAUGGGAGCCACCCACCUCAGGACUACCCUCACAGGGACCAGCCCCCAGUGGCUGGCUACAUCCCCCAGCCCAAUUACAUGGAGGGAGAUCAUGAUCUCAUCAAGCCCAAAAGGCUCCUCAAUCCAGUGAAAGCCUCCAAAAGCCACCAGGACCUCCAACGAGAGCUGCUAAUGAGCCAGAAAAGGGGUGGUGUUGUUGCUGUGGAGUCUAAGCCGGAGCUGCAGCGCGUGUUAGAGGCCAGGAAGAGGGAAAAAAUUAUAAAGCAAAGGAAGGAAGAAGAUGAGGCCAGAAAGAAGAUCUCUCCUCUGGAACAAGAGCUCCUCAAGAGGAAGGAGAAGCUAGAAGAGAAGGAGCAGGAAAAACAAGAGGAGACAGUGAAAGCCCCAGAGUUUGUCAAGGUCAAGGAGAACUUGAGACGGACGUCCUUUCACAGUAAUGGAGAGAAAGAGGUGUAGAGACAAACCGGUCCAGGUAUACAAUUUAGUUGGAAUCUGCUGGAGUUUGCACACGUGUGUAUUAUAAGUGUGAAUGGACAAAGAACUGCUGUGUUGUGUUGCUCUGACUGCACAACUCAGACAACAGCAAGGAACUUCUACCUGUUACAAGGACUGGUCGACAAGCCAUGACACAAUGCCUUCACAAUCCUACUCAGAGCAGAGACACAGAGAGAGAGAGACAGAGAAGGAAGGUUGACUCUGCAUUGGACUAGUGUUACAGUCAGUAGCAUAGGCCAAACUAUAGCUGUGACAUCUCAAUCCAGAGAAACUGGCAUGAGUGUGAGGGUCAAAGAGGGGAGCAGCUAUUCACUAGUGGACAUAGUGUUCCGUAUUGCAAUGACUCUAGAAAUAAAGCCAUGGUGGGUGUUCUUCUACAGUGUGUCAGAGCAGUGGUUACUUUUCAUUUUAAGCUGUGUAUAUCCAAGAGUCAUUCUCUAGGAUACAGUAUAAGAAGCACACUGUACCUGCACAUACAAUCAAUACAGAUUGUUAACAGGAAACAAUCCAAUUAACUUCAUGGCACACUCAUAAUCUUCUCAUGCAAUUUAAGGUCACGCAUCUCAAUGUGAAAUCUCUCACAGAGAAAGUUCCUAUCCCUAACAGUGCCUUCCUAGUUGCAUGUCAUCCUAAUCAAAAAGUUAAAAACAAGAAAAGCUAUCAUUAUGAAACUGUAUACUAUCAAUCAUUUAAUGUCACGUGGGCAUCAUAUAGAGUACUGUAUGUAGGUGAAUGUGAGUGUUGGUGUGAUGUUGAAGAGACACAAGAGGCACAGAUAUUUAUAUUACCUCCAACCACAUCUCACCUUUUUUUUCGUAACAUUUACAUGUUUUGGAAAGUUAUAUUUAUGUUUUGUGCUAAAGGUGUGACGCAAGGUAGAUAUUCUCACAUUUGUAAUUCUAUCACAGCUCUUUUUAAAUAGUAUUAUGUAGCGAUACACAAUUAAAUGCAAUCAGUUGAAUAAUUUUAUUUAAAUAAGGCACUUUAGAAAAUGAAAUUAUGUAUCUGAAUAUGUAUUUUAGUGAUCAAUUAUGAAUUAGUCAUUUUUUAAAUCCUGUCUUUUUAAAAUCCAAUGAUUAAGUUUGAAUUUGUUUUUAUCCUGAUUGCGUAUAUUUGUAUUUUUGUGUUUUUUGCACCACAUAUUGUUCUCUGCCUUUACUGACUACUGAAGCCACUUACAAUGUUUAAUGGUAUAAAACUGUACAUGUUAUAAACAUGAAGACAUUACUUCUCAUUUAUUUUUCAGUCUCUUCAUUGCAUAAAAGUAUGACUCUAUUAAUGUAUGAUUAUUUCAAUAGCUUUUACAAUAGCACAAUGAUUGUUAUGAAUAAC